UAGCGACAGCAGCGGAAGUGACGCCAGGGCGGAAGAGAAGGAGAGAAGCGUCUUCUGCCCUUGCAUUCCUGAGGAGAAGACGAUGUGGUACGAGAUCCUUCCCAGCCUGACGGUGAUGUACGUCUGCCUGACCAUCCCGGGCUUCUCCACCACCUUCAUCCACAAGUUCACCAACGGGGGCAAGGAGAAGCGCAUUGCCCGGAACACCUACCAAUGGCACUUGAUGGAAAGAGACAGGAGGGUUUCUGGAACCGACCGUUACUUCGAGUCCAAGGGCUUGGAGAACAUUGAUUAAAACCUAUGGAUCUUGGACUGUUGUUGCUCGGACAUGGAUUUUGUUGAAGUGUAUCGACUGUGCGCUUGGGAAGUGGAAGAAAAAGAGAGUCUACUAAUGAUCAACAUUGAAAUCUAUCAUAAUAAAUAUUAAUAAAUUAUAAUAAAAGAGA